AUGGAUCAUCCAAACCCCCAGCCUCGGCGCCGAGACCCUCGCGCCCAAUCUCCCGCUGAGUCCUCCUCCGAUGAACUCGCCGCCGGCUCGGAGCAUGACGAAGCUGAACGCCGACGAGCCAGCUGGACCCUGCAAAAGGCGUUCACCCCACAGCGCCCGAAGAAAACUAGCCGCCUCUACAGCGAGUCUGAGAGCCCUGACGAGUUAGCUGUGGACGCAGACGAAUACUGGCGUUCCUCGCGCAUGCGCAACCACCACCGGAGCCCCUCUCCCAUCCGUGACGACAAUUCACAGGGCGGUUCGGAUGAUCUCGCGGAAGAUGAUGUGGCUGGUUCAGACGAGAAUCAGGCUGGUGAUGCCGAUGACUGGUCCGAUCGUUCUGCGACGCCUGUUGCUCCGGUGCCUCCCAAGCCUGAGCAUCUGAACUACAAGGAGAAGUUUGUGAUGCGCGGUCACCUACGUGGAGUUUCGGCUGUGCAAUUCUCACCUGAUUGCUCUAUGAUUGCUAGUGCGGGUGCCGAUGCAGCUGUUAGGGUCUGGGAUACUGCGAGUGGCAGACUCAUUCAUGUCUUUGAGGGACAUCUAGCUGGUAUCUCCACCCUUGCCUGGGCCCCUGACGGCGUCUGGAUCGCAACUGGUUCCGAUGACAAAACAAUUCGUUUCUGGAACGUGAACACUCUCAAAGCCCAUACCAAGGUCUUUGAUGGCCAUCAAAACUACGUCUAUCAAAUGGCAUUCGCACCGAAGGGUAACAUCCUCGUCAGCGGUUCCUAUGACGAGGCCGUGUUUAUGUGGGACGUUCGCCGAGCACAAGUCAUGCGCUCUCUUCCAGCCCACUCUGACCCUGUUUCCGGUAUUGAUGUUGUGCAUGAUGGAAGCCUAAUCGCCUCAUGCGCUCUGGAUGGACUUAUUCGUAUCUGGGACACCCACAGCGGUCAGUGUCUCCGCACCCUAGUCAUGGAAGACAACCCGCCUGCGACAUGCGUCAAGUUCUCCCCUAACGGCAAAUAUGUCUUGGCCUGGACCCUGGACGGCUGCAUUCGGAUGUGGAAUUAUGUCCAGAGCCGCGUCCUCAAGACUUUCCAAGGCCAUGUCAACAACAAAUACAGCUUGUCGGGAUGCUUCGGUACUUAUGGGGCUGAAAACGUGCUCUACAACCAGCCCCUGUGCUUCGCCGUCAGCGGUAGCGAGGAUGGCUCUAUCCUCUUCUGGGAUAUUGUGAGCAAGGAAAUUCUGCAGCGCCUCGAUGGUCACUCGGGCUCUGUGCUUUGUGUUCACACGGGUACACUGAAGGGCAAGCGUAUGGUUGUGAGCUGCGGAAUAGACAAGACUGUUCGUCUGUGGGAAGAGGUAGAUGAAAAUGACCCUGGAUCUGACGAUGAUGCGUUCAGCGAUUCUGCCACUCCUACCCCUGAGUCACACUCGAAAAAGAGCUCCCCUGCGCAUGAUGCAGAUGGAGAUGAUGCCAUGACUGAUGCAUCCGCUGUGCCUUCCACUGCCGCCACCCCGGCCGAAGAUGUGACGAUGACAUGA